AUGGGAGAAACGUCGACCCUAGCUUCUUCUCGCCCUACGUUAUCGCCAGAUCAGCUCCAAAAAUACAUUGAGCAUAUCUACCAAUGUGAGCCACAGCAAGGGGAGCUACACCUUCAACAGCUCCGAGAGCUGAUGCAGACCAAUCCUCUCCAUGCCUUAACUCAGCUGAAACAGCAUCACUUGGCCGCAAUACCAUUUAGCAAUUUGGUGCUGCAUUAUUCAUCACAUCAUACAAUCUCCCUGGACCCGGAUGUGUUAUUUCAUAAAAUUGUUGAAAGAGGUCUGGGAGGCUAUUGUGUAGAGACCACCGGCUUGCUUGCCAUUGUCUUGAGAACCUUAGGAUUCAAUUUCUAUACAAGUGCAGCUCGGGUUAACAAGUCGUUUGAGCAGGGGGUGGAUACAGGGGACUAUCAUGGAUGGGGCCAUAUGAUACUCAUUGUAAAAAUUGAAAAUGAGAAGUACGUAGUCGAUGUUGGGUUCGGUCCUGGUGGCUCAACUCAACCGCUGCUUCUAAGGCAUGGUGCUUCCUGCAAGAAGAUAGCCCCUGCGGAAUCAAGAAUGGUGCAGGAAAACAUUUCCGCCAACACCGACGCGGAGCAGAAACCUUGGAUAUUCCAAACACGGACCGACGCUCACGCGAAGUGGGAGUCAUUAUAUUGUUUCUAUGAAGUAGAAUUCCUCCCCGGUGAUUACGAGGUAAUGAAUUACGCAACAAGCCAGAACUCCAGAAGUGUAUUCACAAAAUCAUUUAUUUGCGCUGCAUUUAUCUUAAACGAGGAAAAGGAUGAUAUUGUGGGAAAUUUAUGCAUUGUCAAGGCCACAGUCAAGCGGAACUUAAACGGCAACCUGGAAAUUCUUCAAACUUUGAAAAAUGAGGGCGAGAGAGUUAACGCCCUGCGUACUUUCUUUAAUAUACACCUGCAACCGCUAGAAAUUCGUGGUAUUCAUGGGAAAAUCACGGAGUUGAAGGAGAUGACCCCAGCACCGUUUUAA